UAACGAUGUAAAUUUGGCUCGAACAAUGGCUUAUAGGACGGAUUACAAUAACAGAGACCAACUUCAUCUUACACUAAAUUAUUGGACAUAAUGACGGCACAAUUACAGCGGCUAUUCUAAAAAUAAACCAAAAUGGGCCAUCGUUUGCCAGCUUCGGGGAUUCCCACAGCAUCGUCGGAGCACUACAGAUUUUACCAAGUCAUCCCCGUGGAGAACCGCAUAAGACCCAGAGUUGUGGAGAACAGCACCGCGUGCACGCUGCGACCCAAGUUCGUCGCUCACGCCUGCCCGGGGUGCUGCUCACGACUGACUAGGCACGACAGCCCGCGUGUGGACCCGGUCAGGAAACAGGAACACAGGCCCAGCGUGUGCUGCUAUCCGGUGGCGCGUGCGGGCCCGACUCGACGCUGUAGAGAUCCGCAGCAGGCACCAUCGCAACGGAACAUGCAUACGGCAUCCAGUCAGUCAUGUCACCACCCUAGGAAGUCCAGUCAACUCGAUGUCAGGGGCGAUCAUCCACAUACCCCCAGACAAAACAAAACACAACUGGCCUCGUUCUACCUCUGGCAGACGCCGGGGACGUGUGAGCUGCACGUGCCACGUCGUCUGCUGGACGCGUCCAACCGUAUGAGGUACGUGAGACCUGCUGAGUGCCAGACCGGCGGCAGCUUGACGAACCUCAAACAAGACUCUCUGACGUGCCAGGGAUACAAGAAAUACAUCCAGAAGAUCAACAUUGACGAUUGUUACAUACCUGUGGUUAGAAUGAAAGAAACGUCGUGUGCCGUUACACCGUUUUUUGGCAAGAAAAAAAGCUGUUUUAAGUUCUGUGGAUUACUUCCAUCGGGCCCCUGCAAAUCAUGGAAAUGACAGCACUGGCAAAUUUCAUUCCAACUUUUGAUUGUGUUUACCCAGUUUUACUAUUUUAAAAAAUAACAUCCAUUAAUAAAAAUCAU